AAAACUGGGAUACCAGCAGCCCGUUGACAAGUAGCCGUUUUGCUUUGCAAUCAGGAGUUUUCAAGGGAGCUUUUAAAGCUGAGCUGAGAUAUUUGAAAUGUGGAACACUCUUGACCAUGAAAUAUGUUCUACUUACAUGCCUCAGCCUUUAAAAGUUCUUUGCAUUACAGUCAGGGAUUACAUUCUUCCUGGAGCCAAGCAUGGGGCCAGCUGUGUAAAAACAAGCCACACUUCUCCUUGGGGAGGCUGAUAGGAGUUUAAAAGGUUUGUUGUGGCGAGUGUCAGAAGCAUUCCCAACUUCAUCGCCAACCCUUUACUUCCACCUCUCCUCUACCCACUGGAGAUCACUUCUAUACCUAAGCGGAGGCGACAGCUGAAUUCAGGAAACCAUGCAUCAUGUCCCCAGGAACGAACUGCAGACUUUAAACUCUCUUCAACAUGUGGAUGCAGCAGAGAAAUGACCUGUCCAGACAAGCCAGGGCAGCUCAUAAACUGGUUCAUCUGCUCCCUGUGCGUCCCGCCGGUGCGUAAACUGUGGAGCAGCCGGCGCCCCAGGACCCGGAGGAACCUCCUGCUGGGCACUGCGUGCGCCAUCUACCUUGGCUUUCUGGUGAGCCAGGUGGGACGCGCCUCUCUCCAGCAAGGAAGGGCAGCAGAAAAGGGGCCGCUCCAGGGCCGUGACACUGCCGAGGCACCGUUCCCCGAGAUACCCUUGGAUGGUACCCUGGCCCCUCCAGAGUCCCAGGGCAAUGGGACCACACUGCAGCUCAAUGUGGUGUACAUUACCUUACGCUCCAAGCGCAGCAAGCCUGCCAAUAUCCGUGGCACAGUGAAACCCAAGCGCCGGAAGAAGUAUGCAGUGGCAUCGCCAGCCCUGGGACAGGAGGCUUUGGUCGGGCCAUCCCUUCAGCCACAGGAUGCCGCAAGGGCAGCUGAUGCUGAAGUGCCUGGGUACGUCCAGGGAGGAAAUCUGGCUAAGGCUGGGGAGCGACCCUGGAGGUUGAUCCGGGGCUCAGGGGUGCAAGUUGGGGGCUCAGAUUUUCAGCGGCCCAAGACCCAGGAGAGCAACAUCAGGAUCUAUAGUGAGAGCGCCCCCUCGUGGCUGAGCAAAGAAGACAUCCUCCGAAUGCGCCUGUUGGCAGAUGGGGCCGUGGCAGAUCUUCAGCCCUUGUCCUCUAAGAGCGGAGCGCGCUUGCUGGUGCUGGAGGGGAGCGUCGCUGGCUCUGUGCCCGGCUGUGGCCGCAGCCCCUGUGGACUACUCAAGCGGCCUUUGGACAUGAGUGAAGUGUUUGCCUUCCACCUGGACAGGAUCCUUGGGCUCAACAGGACCCUGCCGUCUGUGAGCAGGAAAUCAGAGUUCAUCCAAGAUGGCCGCCCAUGUCCUCUCAUUCUCUGGGACUCAUCUUUAUCUCCAACAAGUAAUGAGACCCACUCUUCUGUUAAGCUCACCUGGGGAACUUACCAACGGUCGUUGAAACAGAAGUGCUGGCAGAAUGGCCGAGUACCCAAGCCUGAAUGGGGUUGUACCGAAGUACAUCACCACGAGUGGUCCAAGCUGGCACUCUUUGAUUUUCUAUUACAGAUUUAUAAUCGCUUAGAUACAAAUUGCUGUGGAUUCCGACCUCGAAAGGAAGAUGCCUGUGUACAGAAUGGACUGAGGCCAAAAUGUGACAACCAAGAUUCUGUGGCUCUGGCACAUGUUAUCCAGCGAAAGCACGACCCAAGGCAUUUGGUUUUCAUAGACAACAAGGGUUUCUUUGACAGAAGUGAAGAUAACUUAAACUUCAAAUUGUUAGAAGGCAUCAAAGAGUAAGUUUUAUGAUGUAGUA